GCACACCCUCACCUUCCUCUUCCUCCCGCUCUGUAACUCACGCUACAUUCCUGCCUCAUCUCAGCCUGAUUAACCAAGCUAUGGACGCCAUCUCGUGCCUGGCGCCGCCAGCCGCGCUCUUCGCCGACACGGCCAUCGCGCGCGCGCUCCACUUCUCCAUGUCCGACUCCACCUCCUCCUUGUUCCCGGCGCCCCUGCUCGCCGACCACGCGUACGCGCCUGCGCCGGCGCCGCACAUCACCUGCGACUCCGUGCUCGUCGCGGACUCGCCGCGGCGCUCCCCGGGUGGACGCCGGCACCUGCUGGCGCCCGCGGGCGGGCGCGCGGGGAAGCGGCGGUCGCGGGUGUCCAAGCGCACGCCCACCACGUACAUCAGCACCGACCCCGCCAACUUCAGGGUCAUGGUGCAGCAGAUCACCGGCGUCCAGGCCGAGCCGGUCUCGCCCACCGCCGCCGGCAUCCUGCCGACGACGUUCGACGCUUCCGUGCUGCUGGGCGCCGACAGCGGUGCGUACGGGAACCCGCUGCUGACGGCCGUGGAGCCCGGCGACGAGGCGUCGAUCCAUCACCAUCAGCAGCAGCAGCCGUGCUUCCCGACGCUGGACUCGUGGAAUGUCGUGUACGAGAGGAACGAGCUGCUCUGAACCAGCCUCGGUCACUGAUCUGAUGCCAUGCAUUAAUUAUAUUGCCGUCAGUUAUUUAGGACGUAGAUCGAGCAGCCUAGCGAUCUCUCAGCUUAGCUUGUAUGGUCCAGAGGAGAAGUCUAGCCUAUCAGUUUCACUUCCAUGGGCAUUUUCUUUAUUUAGUCACUUCCACUAUAUCACCUUGCCGGUUGUUCUAGAUCGAGAUGACCUCUUCUUUGAUCAGAAGUAGGCAAGUAGCCACCUGGACGCUCUUAAUCUUCUCUUCUGGUUAGGAGAGCAACGUGACACGAGAGGAUUAGAGAUCUAAUUUGAUAAUAAUGGCGCGAGAGAAGAAGAAGCCCAACCCGGCCGGAACGCCAUCGCAGAGCUUCACUGCAAAGGUUUGAUUAAUUUGAGGGAGCUGCUGCAUGCGCGCACGUCGUGGUUUCUCAAGCUGAGCUGAGCAGAGCUGUGCUGCUCCAAUCCAUGAUCAUUAGAAAACAGAGAUGCUGACAGCUCACUCAAAAACUUUGAUCAUUAGAAAGCAAGAGAAAGCCAUCCUUGUUUUUAUCUGAGCUGAGAAGCAGCAGCAGCAUCUGCACACUCCUGGUUCGGGGACCAACCAUCAGUUUCAUCAGCUCCCAGAGCUAAAAUCACGGCGAAAAAGCUAGAAUUUAAUAGAUGGCGGUGUCAAAUAUAUAGUUCAAAAUAGAACAUUAAUACUAGACCUCAAAUUACU